UGCGGCCGCCCCGGGGGAGCCGGGGAGGAGCAGGAGGAAGGGCGGCGAGCGCUCGCGGCGCGGCCGCGAGAAGGCCAGCACCGCUGCCGGCGGCGGCGAGGUGCCGGGCUCCGCUCGCCUGCAAACAGCCCCUGCGGUUUGCGGGGCGCGGGGGGGCCCCAGCCGCCCUCCCGCCGCCGGCAGGACAGCGACGGCGACAGGGACCCCUCCUCUCGCUGAGCACCCCGGGGUGCCCCCGCUCCCCGCGCACCGCCGCGGGGAACCACCUGGUGCCGGUUCCUUCCCCUCCUCCGGGGAGGGCCCGAGCCUCUGCAUUGGCUCUGCCGCGUUUCUCCACCAUCGGCUCCCGCUUAAAGGCGAGCGCCGUGCCCGGGCAGGCCGGGGCGACGCGGGCGGCGAGCAUGGGCGUGCUCCGCUGGGUCGCGGCCUGCGCGCUCUGCGCCGCCGUCCGGGGAGAAGACUGCGAGCUCUCCCGCACGGCCCCUCAGUUUGGCUCCAUCUAUCAUGUCAAAGGAGUCAUUAACCUGCCCUACGCCGAGAUCGAGGAGCCCUUUGAAGCCUGGUACAACCUGACGGGAAACAAGAGCCGGAUCCAGUACUACGGGGGGCAGGUCAUAACCUACCAGUUCGGCUCGGCGGGGCCCUACGGGACGCGGUACAAGAUCACGCCGGAAACGACCGAGAAAGAAGUGAACGCGAGGAAAUGCUUCCAGCUGCCGGGCUCCGAGGAGGACGUGGUCAAGGCUCAGAGCGUCUUCCCCAGCAUGGACGGCUUCAGGUUCGUGCGGGAGGAGUAUUCCCGGGGCCGGUACUGCGCCGUGUGGCAGAACGUGACCCGCUGGGCGCAGAAGGAGAACGUCUACACGCUGUGGGUGACGAGCUCGGGCUGCGGCGCGGCGCCCGUCCGCUACGAGAUGCGGGGCUACAACAGCCUCCUGGGCUCCCACUACGACAAGUACGAGAUCGCCUACAGCCACUUCGAGCACAGCUUCCCCGCCUCCGUCCUGGAGCUGCCCGCUAACCAGACGAAGCAGUGCCGGGGCCUGCCGGGGAGCGCGGCGGAGCACCGGGUCCUGGCGAACCCCAUGGAGGACUUGGUGGGACGGGGCCAGCCGUGGGCCCACGAGGCGUUUCACCACUACAGGAGGCGUUUCGGCCGGCGGUACGGCUCGGCGCGCGAGCUGGAGCACCGCCAGCGCCUCUUCGUGCACAACAUGAGGUUCGUGCACUCCAAAAACCGAGCCGCGCUCUCCUACGCGCUGGCGCUGAACCACCUGGCCGACCGCACGCCGCAGGAGCUGGCCGCGCUGCGGGGCCGCCGCCGGAGCCGCGCUCCCAACGGCGGGCGGCCCUUCCCCGCCGAGCGCUACGCCGGCCUCAUCCUGCCCGAGAGCCUCGACUGGCGGCUGUACGGCGCCGUGACGCCCGUGAAGGACCAGGCCGUCUGCGGGUCCUGCUGGAGCUUCGCCACGACGGGUGCCAUGGAGGGUGCCCUCUUCCUCAAGACUGGCGUGCUGACCCCCCUGUCCCAACAAGUCCUCAUCGACUGCUCCUGGGGCUUCGGGAACUACGCGUGCGACGGCGGCGAGGAGUGGCGCGCCUACGAGUGGAUCAAGAAACACGGCGGCAUCGCGAGCACCGAGUCCUACGGCACCUACAAGGGGCAGAAUGGCUUGUGCCACUACAACCAGUCUGAGAUGCUGGGCAAGAUCACGGGCUACGUCAACGUCACCUCGGGGAACAUCACGGCUGUCAAAGCUGCUAUCUACAAGCACGGCCCUGUGGCUGUCAGCAUCGACGCCUCGCACAAGACCUUCUCCUUCUAUUCCAAUGGCAUCUACUAUGAGCCCAAGUGUGCAAACAAGCCAGGUCAGCUGGACCAUGCUGUGCUCGCUGUGGGCUACGGCGUGCUCCAGGGAGAGACCUACUGGCUCAUCAAGAACUCCUGGUCCACAUACUGGGGCAACGACGGCUACAUCCUUAUGUCCAUGAAGGACAACAACUGUGGUGUGGCCACCGAAGCCACUUAUCCCAUCCUGGCCUGAGGGCCACCUCGCAGCCCUCCUGGGGCAGAGUAGUUCCCCUGGUGUGGGGGAAUCCAACCCUUUGGGAGGCCCAACAAGGUGAAGGAAGCUGGAGCUGGGGUGGGGAAGGUGGACGGGACGCUGGGCAAUGCAAUCUGUGUCCCUUAUGGGUUGCAGGCCCUCAUGCUGCAGCCCUGGGGCUUGACAGAGACCCAGCUGUCGACUUGCCAAUAAAAACCCCGGAAAAACA